UUGCGGGCUCUGGUUUCAGAUCACGGUUACGGGGUUGCUGUCAGCAGCUAGCAGUACAGGUUAUGAUAGUCAAGCCCACACGCACACGCUGACACGUACAGGCACAUGCAGGGAGAGCUGAACGCGGUGUCGUUGUCGCGCACAGAGCGGUUUGUUGUUGGCUGUGUUUCUGAUAGAUGCGUGUUAGCUCAGUGCUAGCUACUUCCUGCGUGUUAGCCGGACGAGGGUAGCGCUCGAAGCUAACUGUUGACCUGUCAGUUUGAUUUAUUCAUGACGAAGCGCCGAGAUUGGUGGAGGCACCGGCAGGGGCGGGGCUUAGAUGGUUUUUAAGUGAUUGGCGGAUUGACGCCCAGGUGGAAGAUGAUCAGGAUGUCACUGGACAAAGAGACCCUCCUUCCUCUUGAGGUGCCCGUCAGAGUCAGCCCCACCUUCUCCUCCACUGUCAGCCUAUCAGAGCAGCCGCCACUGGCUAAGACCCGCCCCUUCAUCCGUCCUAAAAACGGCCUCCAGCAGCCUGCGGGUGUUCAGCCCCCCGUCCCCUCUCAGCGAAUCGGGAAGAGGCGUUACUCGAUGGGUGUCGGCUUCAAGGGGCUGGCCAAGCGCCGUCGCCGUGCCAACAGCGACAGCCAAUCAGAGCCCGUACUGCCAAGUCACUUCCUGUUGGGAGGAAAUAUCUUCGACCCGCUGAACCUGAACUCACUGAUGGAUGAGGAUGUGAACAGGGCAACCAAUCAGGAGACUCCAAAAUGCUCACCCCUGCCUUCGCGGGGCGAAGACCCCGUCGAGAUCCUGGUUCCCCGUGACAUCACCGACCCCCUGAACCUGAAGGGAGGGGGGGAGGAAGGGGAGGGAGCGGGGGGAGUCCUGCUGUCCCCCCUGAAGUCCAGGAAGAGGCACCGGAACCGACACCAUGGUGCCCCAGCAGACCGGGAGGUGGUACCGGCCCGACUGUUCCCCCCCACAGCUGGACUCACAGUUCCUCUGUUGGCCAGAGAUGGCAGCGUUCCUGCAUCUCCUCUCCCCUGUGAACUCAACACGGCCAUCACCUGCAGAGAUGAUGUAGCCCCGCCCCCUAUCCUACCCAGGAGGCACACCCACCCUCCAUCUGGCCCCGCCCACAAGCCUGGGAACCAGGGUGAUGCUCGUCAUCGGAGACGGCGGCGCACCACCUCGGCGAGGUCGUCAGAUGUUGCUGCAGGCACUGUCACUAUGGCAGCCGCGGCUCAGCCAACCAAAUUCCAGACACCGCUGGUAGGAGGGGCUAAAGCCGGAAGGUGUGGACCACAGCCCCGCUCCGAUCGGCCACCAGAAAGGGUCAAAGACAAACAACGCUACCAGCAUGGCAACCACAGCCGUUACUAUGGUUACCACGGCCUCUAUGGCGACAGGUGGGAGGGGCGAGUUGGGGAGGUGAAGGACCCUCGGAUUGGCCUCCUGGAAGCUGAUUGGUUCAGAGACAAGACGGUGCUGGAUGUGGGCUGCGGUGCGGGUCACAUGACCCUGGCCAUCGCCCGGAGGUUCAACCCUGCCCACAUCCUGGGGGUGGAGCUAGACGAGCGGCUGGUGCACGCCGCCAAGCAGAACAUCCGGCACUUCCUGUCACAUGACAUGGUGGUGGAGGAGAGGAAGAUGACAAAGGUAGUUCCGCCUUCUAACCUGCAGAGAGGCAGGGAGCAGGAAGUGAUGCGGGAGGCCUUCCUGUCCCUCCCUCUGUCAUUCAGGGUGAGUCGGGGUCCUCUCUGUGCUCCUCCCCUCCUACCUCCACGCUCCUCCUCCAGGUUUCCAGACAACGUCACCUUCAUCCAGGGUGACUACGUGUCUGAGCUGGAGGCGUGGCCUGGGCGGGGUCGCUAUGAUGUCAUCAUGUGUCUGAGUGUGACCAAGUGGGUGCAGCUGCAGUCAGGUGACGGAGGUGUGGUCAGACUGUUUCGACGGGCCUAUCAGAGCCUGUCGUCUGGCGGAUUAUUCAUCCUGGAGCCGCAAGCGUGGAGCAGCUACAACCGCAGCAAGAGGGCCUCGGACACAACAUUUCGUCACUUCAGGAGUUUGAGGCUCAGACCUGAACAGUUCACCUCCUUCCUGACCGACAACGUGGGCUUCAGCUCCUACAGACUGCUCAGACACACAGGUAACCAGCGGCCCAUCUACCUGUUCCACAAAGGCCCCGCCCAGAGGAAAUGAGGUCACUGCAGGGUUACGGUGGACACGCCCCCUGUUAGGCAGCAGCCUUUGACUGUCCAGGAGACGGUGAGGAGGGAGCUGAUUGGUGGAUGAACAAACUCAUUGAUGAUGUCACUCCAGAGGACGAUAGACUGGAUCUGAUUGGACAGCAGGGCCCCUUCUGUGGACCUGAUUGGCUGACUGAUUCAACAUCUUUUACAUUUUACAGAUCAGUUCACCCAGAGGAUGAAAAUCCAAAUCAGUGACAAGAAGCUGAAAAGUCCACUGAAGAGUCUGAACACCUGAAAUAAAACCAAACACCAAGAAGUAGAACGGAACCAGUGGAUGAAAUCUAAAAGUUUAUUCAAACACCAGGCGGUGACACAGAACCAGUGAAUUAUUGAUAUAUUUAAGUUUUUCUUCCAUUAAAGCUAGUUUCAGAUCAUUUACCAUCAAACUGAACUCCAGGAUGAAUGAACCAGUCCAGCCGUUAGUUUUAUGUUUUACAGCUUCUUUUAGUGAACGUGGUCAGUUUUAAUGAGAAUAGAGGGGAUUUUCAUGUUUAUGGAUACACAUCAAUACUCAGUUACAUUUUUCAAACUGCAACUGGAAAAUCACACAAGAAGGAAGAUUUCAGUUCUGGAAAUGUUGUGUUUGAAUAUUGAGUAGUGGUUAAAUUCACAUUAUUCUGACCAACAGCUGUUUCAGACUUUAGAUAAUAAUGAAAGUCAUCCAGUGAAUCAGUGGAUAGAAGAAGCUUCCAGACAGACUGGCUCUUUCUCUCAGGAGCUAAAAUCUGUUUCGUAAUGGCAGAACUUUGAUAAAUCCUUCACACAUGAACCAGAUGUUUCUGAGGAUGUUUCAGGGUUUGGACUUCAUCGUCCUUCAGAUGCUGUAAUCAGUGUUUGACCACAUGGAGGCACCGUUCUGCUGUUGCUCGUCUCAAGAAGUUUAUCUAGGAAUCAACCUGAGACUAAACAAGGUACCAUCAAUGGCAGAAGCUGUCGAUCAGCCACAUGGUGGCACUGUAAAGAAUGAAACCUGUUUCAGCAUAGCGCCACCUGUAGGUCAAAGGAGAGAGGAGCAGUAUGUGUCACUGUGAGUACUGAAUGUAAAUCCAGUUUUAUUUAACACCAAAAACCGUUAUGUCUUAAGUUGGACGUGUUGUUGGAUCUUUAGCUAAUGCUAGCGCUCUGCUAAACCACCUGGAUUAUUAGUUAAAUGAAACCGGAGCAAUUCAGGAAGUUAUUUCAUGGACAAUGAUUAAAACCAGGAUAGAAAAUUCCAAAGAUAUUAACACAAAUUAAUCAGAACUUUGUAAUGCUGGGUUUAGAAAGUGAAUUCAAAAAGUGUCUACUCAGUAGCGCUGUUGGGCUGUAAAACCGCUUCAAUGUUGUUUUUUUUUACUUUUCUAUAGUGGUGGAUGCGAUUAAAAAAUGAAUCUAA